AUGGCGAAAAGUAAGCGGAGAGGCGGGCGGCGCCACAAGCGGGUAGGGACCGCGGCGACCGUUCCCCUCCUCGAAGAAGGCGAGGAAGAGCCGUUUCAGGAAGGAAGCGAAGACGCGGAGGAGGAGCGAGAAGACGCGGAAGACGACGCGCUCUCGUCCUCGACGCGGAUCGCCGAAAAAAAGGUCAGCAAGCGAAAAGCGAGUGCUGCUGAACGCGCGACCGACGGGGACCAGGCGGAGGCCGACGCCUCGCUGGAGGAGUCGUCGUCGUUUGGUCGAGCAAGAGCCGAAAAAGAAGGAAAAUCAAAGGGCGGGAAACGCACUGCCGAUGGUUACGUGGAAUACUUGGCGCACGUGAAACAAGUCAUUGACGAGCGCGCCUUCAAAUCCGACGAGGAAUGGGAAACCUUCGUCGCUGCAACGGCCGAGGAAAUUGCCUCCAAGACACCUUUGGCGCUCACAGACCAGCGAAGCAGCAAAGUCGUCGAAAAAAUCCUCGGCCUCCUCGCCGGGUUCCUCUCUGCUCGAGACGUGCGACGCGACCAGAAACAGAGCGUCCACGCGUUCCGUCUGCUCCUGCGAAAGAUCUCGGGAAGUGCAGGUCAGCUGGCGGUUCACGCGAGCGGAUCGCACGUCCUCCAAACGCUCUUUGGCGCGCUGCCGUGCGUGCUCGACGCGGAGCGGCGACUCAAGCAGGCGGGCGACGACGAGGGCUCUGCGCAGUCUGUCGAAGACCUGGCGCUCUAUUCACUCCAUGCGAUCGAGUCGGAGCAGGGCGGUUGGGUUUCUCUCAUGAGGCACAGCUCCGGCUCUCACGUCUUCCGCGCAGUUGUUCGCGCCGCAGCAGGCAUCUACUCUCUGCCGUCAGUCGACGAACUCGGACGACGCAAACCCCGGAAAAGCCGCCAAGAGACGACGGAGAGCCUGCCUGUCCUCUCGCAACCGGGCGGCACGCGACACGACUCGGCGAGUGAUGCACGAGGCGCACCCGGUGCUCAGCUCUUCCCUGCGAAUGAGUCUCUCCUGGCGCUGCUGAAACAGAUCGCCAAGGACGUCGCCGCUGCUCUCAACGCGAAUCCGUAUUCGCUGCUGUUUGACGUCUACGCGUCGCCAGCUCUCCAACUCCUCCUGCACGUCACAGCCUCGACGCCCCAGUUCGAACAGGCCAAAACGCGACUUCUUGCAGCGAUUUUCCGACUCGACACACAGGCUGAGACGCGGCGAGAGGAGAUGAUGCAGCUUGCAGAUGCGCUCGUGGACAGCCCGACUGGCAGUCGCGUCCUCGAAGUCGCCGCCCUGAUGCUGGCGCCGGAAACCUUCCAAGUGUUCUUCUCUUCCUGGAUGCUUAAGCGGAUUAACCACCUUGCCCAAGGUCGCUUCGGAAAUUUCAUCCUUCAGAAGUUACUGGCCUCUCCCCUGGUGCAAACCGCGCACGUGCGACAGCUCGUCGGCGCCCUCGACUUCGACGCCUGCUUGGCUUCCAAGACUCCCGCCGUUCUCUGGCGGCUCUCGGAGGCGUGCCGGCGCGUGCGGGCGUCUCAGGGCGAAUUCGCGAAACGGCUAUUCGCGGCGUUGAACCUCCAGAACCCGAAAUACCUCCCGUUUUCCUGGUUCUCCCUCCUCGCACUCGCCCCCCCCGAAGCGCUCUCUCCCUCGCUCUGUUUCUUCGGCACGCCCGACGACCCUGCGGCUGAAGCUGAAGGCGAGAAGAAGGUGCACACGUUGCGGCAUUUGAGCGAGAUGAUCACCCCGACAGGCGUUUCGAUUGUCCUCAGUCUCCUGCGGUUCGCUCCAGCUGCGAUUCAGCCGCUCAUUGCGGGAUUCAAAAAAUUCGUAAAAAUCCUAAAACGAACGUCUGUUUCUGUCAGGCAGUGGAGAGGCAAAGAGCUUCCACCUCUCUGGGAAGAACGGCCAGUGAUGCUGAGCCUCGCCAUCGACGCGCAGGGCUCCCGUCUCUUGGAAGGCGUUGUCAAGACAGCUGCCGUCUCGCACAGCGCGGCUCGGCGAGAAGACGAAGGCGAUGAGGCGGACGGAGGCCGCAACGCUCCCUUUCCGCCGCAAGCGGUGCAACAGCUCUUGAAGGCCUUUUGCGGGAACUACGCUCAGGCAGCUUUGCAUCCGACGGGGGGAUUUGUGGUCACUACUUUCUACGAUGCGGCCACGGUCGACGUGAAGAGGCGCAUCGUCCGCGAGUUGUUGGACGUGGAAGAGGAACUGCGCGAGAAGAACUACGCAGCCUACGUUAAGUGCGAGGUUCACAAAUUCAAGCAAAGUGAAGAAGGAUGGACAGCUCGCCAGGAGAAAAAGAGCAAAACCAGGGAGCUUUUCAGGGAUUUGCUUGCGGAGGACGAAGGCGUCGAGGCGACGGACGCGACCGUCGCCGAAGAAGCGGAGAACGACGAGCAGCGGGCUGCCGCCGAAGCCGCUCGGGCCUUCAUUGAGGGAGACGCAGUGGCAUCGCAGCUGCUGGGCGUGGAGACCACGAAGGGCGAGAAGAAACGCGAGAAAGGAAAGAAGCGCCCGCCGCCGUCUGACAGUGACGAGGAUGUCUUUGGAGAAUCAGGCAGUCCACACAGCGACGCUCGGCAAGCGACGGCCCCGAACAUCAACGAAGAUGGCCGCGGAAAGAAGCAUCGCCGCGAGCGAACGAAACGCGACGAGCAGGGAGAAAAAGAAAAGCGCAAACAACCCAGCAGUGGAGCGCCUGCAGAAGCGUCCGACGCCGCGAAAAGAAAGGAGAAAAAGAGGAAGGACGAAAAGGCGAACGCAUCCACACACGAAGACAAGACUCUGGAGGCGGCCCUCUUCUUUAUCGAAGGAACUCGUUCAGACCUGAGCAAGAGGCAACUGGCGAAGAGAAGGAAACUGGAGGCCUCCAAACUUGCCGAUGCGGGAGCGUCGGUUGCAGUUCACUGA